UCAGUCUGAAGCCAUUAUUAUAACGAUCGUCCUACUGCUUACAUCAGAUACCUUUUUCUAGAAUCGUCGUUGACAGCUUAAUAUAACAGCCGAGCAGCAUAUAUUAGCAUAAAGCAUACAUAUCGAAUUGCUAAAUUAAUUCGUUUGUCGAAGAAGUAAAAGAAGACAUUUACACAGGUCGGACGCUGAGCUUGGCGGAAGGAUACAUCCGAUACAACCGACUGUAGUUGAUAGUCAUCAGAAGAGGAAAACCCGUCUGAUCCCUUUUUUUAUAGUUCGUGCUCGGCUUAUUUUCUCUUAGGUCAGUGUCUUUAUUUAGAUGGCAAGCUUCCCAGAUUCUGUACACGAAAAUGAUAUAGGUAAGGCUAAGUUCAUUGGUGAACUCCUGGUGCCUGUUGCUCCCUUUGACCAGAAGUCUGGACGUGAGGCUUGGACUGUCGCCUUCGCACCGAAUGGUUCCUACUUCGCUUGGUCUCAGGGGCACCGCAUUGUGAGGCUCAUUCCCUGGACACAAUGCCUGAAGAACUUUUCACUUGGCCAUUGUGGGGAGGACACCGAUGCUCCAAGCUCUCAAAAUCUGUCCCGUCGAGAAAGCAAUGGAGGACAGAUUCUAUCAGCACCUGGCGAGCCCUGCGAACACACCAUUGACUGUGGUGACAUUGUGUGGGGGCUGGCGUUUGGCUCCUCUGUGCCGGAGAAGCAGAGUCGCUGUGUGAACAUCGAGUGGCAUCGCUUCAAGUUUGGCCAAGACCAGCUGCUGCUUGCAACUGGCCUCAACAAUGGUCGCAUCAAGAUCUGGGAUGUUUACACUGGAAAACUAUUGCUGAAUCUGAUGGACCACACUGAUGUGGUGAGAGACCUGACGUUUGCUCCUGAUGGUAGCCUCAUGCUGGUCUCUGCAUCCAGAGAUAAAACCCUGAGAGUGUGGGACCUCAAAGAUGAUGGGAACAUGGUGAAGGUUCUGCGGGGGCAUCAGAACUGGGUGUACUGCAGCUCCUUCUCCCCCGACUCCUCCAUUCUGUGCUCGGUCGGCGCCGGCAAAGCAGUGUUCCUAUGGAACAUGGAUAAAUACACGCUGAUCCGGAAGCUGGAGGGGCAUCACAAUGAUGUGGUGUCAUGUGAGUUCUCACCAGAUGGAGCACUGUUGGCCACCGCCUCUUAUGACACGCGGGUCAUUGUGUGGGACCACCACAAGGGCUCCAUCCUGCUGGAAUUAGGCCACCUAUUCCCUCCUCCCUCUCCUAUUUUCGCUGGUGGAGCAAACGAUCGCUGGGUUCGCUCUGUGAGCUUCUGCCCUGAUGGCCGACACAUCGCCAGCAUCACUGACGACAGGUUGGUUCGCUUCUGGAGUAUCGAGGAGAGAGCUCCUCAGACCGUUGCAUCGCUGUCCAACGGCCUCUGCUGUGCCUUCUCUGCUGAAGGAAAUGUCCUGGCUGCUGGGACUCGUGACGGCAGCGUGCACUUCUGGGAGAGUCCUCGCAGUGUCUCCUGUCUGCAGCACAUGUGCAGGAUGGCUCUGCGCCGGGUGAUGACCACGCAGCAAGUCGAAGCCCUUGCGAUUCCCACACCGCUCCGAGACUACCUUACCUACAAAGUCAUCUAAAACCUGCCUUCAAAUCCCCCCAACCAGAACCAAAACCAGAACCACCCACAUGGAAACUGGAAAACGAAUGAAACCGUUAAAAACAGUCUUUCAUAAAACUUUAUUGAACCAACGAUCAGGAGAGGCGGAAGAGUUACACCCCUCUCCCACACCUGCUUACAGCUGGAUAUCGUGUUGUUUUGUACAUAUUUAUUUUUAUAAAUGCUUUAGUAGACGUGUGCUGGGAUCAGCACACCUUCAAACCUGUCAACUUAUUUCUGGGGCCCCAAGUCCCUCAUCAUAUCAGUGUGAUACUUGUAAGUGUUCAGCUGGCUAUUCAACAAUCUCCUGCUCCUUUAACUUGAAAUGGCACUCAGUGUGAGCAGCUGUGUAGCAGUGCUCUCUAAAUGUCAGGUGUCUUGUCUGCAGGUGGGCAAGCUAAAGGGAAGAGAUGCACAUAAACGCUCAGAACUACUGAAGCUGUGGACAUUGAAUAUCUUAAAUUGCUUAAUAUUUAAUGGCACAAACAAAAUCAGACUGUUUUUAUCCAGACAAGACCUCUUCAAAUUAAAAGCAUUCUACGUUACAGAUACAUCAGCUGAUACUUUAUAUAAGUUGGGAUUAUGUUGUUUGGUCACACCAAAGACAGAGAAAGACCUCUUCAUGUGCUGUUUCACUGGUAAAGAGCCCUUUUUAUUGCAGAUAUAAUGGUUUUUGCAUCCAAAUAAUUUGGAAAACAGCCUAAGGCUCAGGAAUGCCAAAAAUAUAUUCUGAGUCCCCAUUGUAGUUUGUUUUCAACUUAAAAAAAAUCCACCUCCAGUCAUUGAUAUGCAGUACUUGGUUGCAUUUGUAAGGCAUCACAAAGAAAAAUUACUUUCACAAGAGAAGAUACACCUUCCCUUUUCUUGCAAAUUUCAACUAAGUGGUCAAAGACUUUGCUAGAGUUGGCAUAAAGACAUUUAAUUAUACAUUUAAUUUAUUUCAACUGGUAUUGGCCUCAGAAAUCCUGUAUUGUUCAGCUUCAGACUUUCAAUAUCUGUUUAAUGAGUGCACUAGAAAAGCAGCAUUACUGUAUGAAAAUUACAGUUCGUUUUGCAAUGAUUGGCAAUAAAAGCUAGUGAAACUAGUAGAAAUAGGUGUUACAAAGACUGGUGUGACCAAACAUUUUUCUUUUUGCCUUUGUUACGAAUAUUUAACCGUGCUGCAUGCACCAGAAUUCUGCUAAUUAUUGCUUUAAUAUUUAUCAGAGACAUUGUUAAGUAUCGGAAGACAGUCUGAAAGAAGUCUAAAAAUAUAGCCUGUACAUUCCCUCUCUUGCAAGAAUUUUUGAGAAAUAAUUAUCUACAACAUGAGUAAUGUACAAACAGAACAUGAGCGCCAUAAAACCAUAUGAACCUGUCAGUAAACAGUCUGUCCAGCCCUCAUAGUUCUGCUUCCACCCACAGUCCACCUGAAAAAUGUUUCAGAACGGCAACAAAGAUGGCAAACGUAUGCUUGAAUCCGCAGUGUGUGUCUGUGAAUGAGUGAGUUGCCCUGUGGGGUACUAUAAGCCUUGACACCUGAGUGAGUGUCGAGACUUCACAUUAAAUCAAAGCACCUGUGCCGCUAAACUGCCAUUUUUAUUUGAACAUGUACAAAACCUUGUAAACAGUUUCCUGUGACAUGUAUGUAAAUAUAUAAAAAUGUAUCAUGUAUAAAUUCAUGGAGGUUUUUUAAGCCCUUUUCCAUUUUUAUUUUGUCAUUUGUAUUCAUUUUGUAAUGUUGUUUUGUUUUGUUUUGUUUUUUUUUGUCCUUUAAAUGUGAAAGCGUCGACAUGUCUUACUACUUAAACACAGAAUGAAACGUGUGUUCGAUCUGACUGAAACCUGUCUUAUUCCAGAAAAAGGUUUUUGUUUUUUGUUUUUUUUAAAAAACAAUCCUCUGUAUUUACCCUCUGUGUUUCUGGUUCAGUUUGUUUGUGGCUGAGAGGAGAUAGUGUAUGAAGAAGGGAAAGUGAUCGUCGUUAAGCAUUUCGGUGUCAGAGCAGCUGUGUUCUGAGUUGAGUUCAUGACAGUCGGUGAUGAAGCCAAAGGUUUUCUCUUUCAGGUUAUGUAAGCAUCCGGGUUGGUUUCAUACUUUCCUGCUGACUGAUGGAGGAUAUGUCUCACUAAUACUCUGCAGAAGAGCCUUCACAGGGAUCUGUCUGCAUUACACAUUUGCCAACACAGUGAUCAGUAAAAGUCAGUCCUGCCUCAGUUAGACAAAGUAUGGAGCAGAUUAUACUAUAUAUCAUAUACAUGAAUGUAUGACAUUUCUGCAGUUCUCUUGUAGUUUUAUGUGUGAGUGUGUUUGUAGUUUCAAUAAAGGCUUUUUGACUAAAUAA